GGGGGAGGCGUUUGGCUCGGUAAAGACGGGGAGUGAACGAGCAGAGAGGGUGAGAAACCAGCGGAUCUGGCCCUUUAAAUCACCAAUACAGCGCAUUCGGAGAGACGAGAGAGACAAGCCAAUGUGAGUCCAGCUUCUCUCCAGCUCUGCUGUUGUGACUCAGAAAGUGUUUUCCUGGACGUCCCAGCACCGCCCAGAGCUCACAUCCCCUCUGCAUCACGUCGCACUUUGGUUCGGACACACGGAGCAGACACCCUAUCUGCACACCAUCAGUCAGUUUUCUCCUGUGUUGGCGUAGUCUGAUGGAUCAGUAUGUCUACCACUAAUAAUAUCGCCCAGGCCAGGAAACUGGUGGAACAGCUGAGGAUUGAGGCAGGGAUCGAACGCAUUAAGGUGUCUAAAGCAGCAGCAGACCUGAUGAGUUACUGUGAGCAGCACGCUCGUAGCGACCCCCUGCUGGUUGGGGUGCCCACCUCCGAAAACCCCUUCAAGGACAAGAAGCCCUGCAUCAUCCUAUAGCCGCGCUCCGCCCCUCCUGACCCUGACACACACACCAACACAUCCACACACACACACACACACACACACACACACAUAUACACACACUCACACACACACUUACCCAGGAACAUACACUCAUGUAUUCACAGAUAUUCACAUAAACACACACACACACACACACAUGCACAGUACAUAGAUUGAUCCUUAGACCUCCCCCUUUCCCUUUGGACACACGCAGACUUUACACACACACACACACACACAUACACGUGUAAACAGACACUCACAGUGGCUAGCCCUGAACCAGCUAACAGGGCCCUGCUUGCUACAUCUAAGACACACAUACACACAAACACUACUAGAAACACACACACUCCCAAAAUAGCCACUCUGGAAAAGCGCCAUACUGCGGAGCCACAGCUAGGGGGCAGGUAUCAUGUGCUCACAGUGGCUGAGAUCAGUAUAUCACUGAGUAUGAUCCAAGGUGCUUUGGUAAUAUUCAUAUAUGCUGGUAAAUUAACUACAAGUGUCAGCUUAACUUGAAAAGGGAUUUGGACAUUAAUAAUCAGUAGGAACCUACACACAGUAAGUCCUAGAGUAAAGCGUUCCUGUGUGGAGUAAUGAGGGGUUGGUUAAAGGAUGGAGGUGGACGGCUGUGCCAUAGGCAGGGAGUGGGAGGGUGCAUGUGGGUGGCCAAAUGGGUGUUGGGCGCUCCAGCCAGCCGUGCCAGAAACUCCCUGGCAUCCCAUUAAGCUCAAUAAGUGCUUCUUUGGCGGGAGUUAAAACUCCACCAGGUCUGGGGCAAGUCCGGCCACUGAGAGAGCUUUGCUCUUGAACCCUAAAUCAUGGUGGGUUCUACUCACUCUGGAGCAAGUGGCUGAAGCCUUUGUCUCUAUCGGGCUAGCAUGUUCCCACCCAACCUACAUCGACAGACCGCCUGCCUUUGGCUCUGGGUCUUUCUGCCUGUGGCUUCACUAUGGCUGUUUGCAGCCUUUGGCCAAAACUCCAGUUGUGCCAACCUGUACAGGUCGCCUCUAGAUGCCGAUCUGUGGUCAGCGGCACCGUUUCUAUUUUCCACCGCAGUGUAUGGCUGGUGCUGGUUGAUAUCAGUUUGUCAGCUGGCCUUAGAUCAGCGUCUGAGAGGCCGCCUCCAGCUGACAAGAGGAGAACGUAGUGAACCGCUCUACACAGAACUCAAGCUAUUAACCCCAGACGUUUACUGCAUUUUUCUUAAGAAAUACUUGUUUGUGAAUUAAAUGUAUGUUUUGAUAUUUUGUUGAAGCAUUACCUAACAGAUAGAUGAUACUGUACAUUUCUCGAUUGUUUUGCAGUACGUUUUUGAAACAGGUGUUGCCCCUGACUUGACGCAGGAUCAGAUUUUCCCGUCCGCAAACGUUUUAACUCUAGCAUUACUGAGGUGAGAGGAGAUCUGAUCCUGUGCCACAGACAGCGCCUGCCCUGCUACCUGCUAGGAUCUAAAUGAAGGUUACUACUGUACAUCGAGCCUCCCUGUGCUUUACCCUGAGAGAGAGCGAGGUCACAGACUGACCAUACCCUUAAAUCAAGCAGUCUGCAACGCAGGCUGGACAAGAAACCUGAAUUAAACAGUAAACUGAAAUUGUCCCCUCCCUAUUUUCCUCAGCCUCUUUUGGGUCUUAUAAUAGACAAGUUGCCUGUUAGUUUAACAAGAGUCAGCAGUGUGAGGGGGAAACACAGGAAAAAGCUUUGGAUAAGGACAGGGAGGCGCUUAGAGCAUUUUGUUCUGUUCUCUUUGCCUCUACUGUGGAGAAGGAAUAGACUUUCUUUUUUAUCUCAGACCAGUCCUGGCUUUAAAUUAGCUUAGACUAGGUUCUUGUCUCCCCACAAGAACCGCCUUUUCACUUUCAUAUGUGUUUUGACUGGUUUAUGAUCAGUGAGAGUCAGCGGUCCUCAGUGGCUCCUUGCGGUCUCAAGCAGGGGGACUCUCAUCACUGACCAGCCGCCUUUCUGGCCUCUCUCCACAGCGCGCCUCCUCUCUGAAAAACCAAACUUGAUUGUAAAAACUGAAGAUGGGAAAAAAGAUAAAGUUAAGAAAAAUGAACGAAGUGUAUAAACUUUCUUUCAGACGUGCAGAAGUGAUAAGUUGAGAGUAGCUGUUUUGGGUUAGUUUGAGUUUCUUCUUUCUAUGGAGUCCAUGGAACCUGGUCAGUUGAGUAUUACCCUGUACAGUGUUUGUAAGAUACAAAUCUAAACACGAAAUCCCCUCUGUGGAUGUUCAAUUUUUUUAGUACUACUUUUCUCUUCUGUCAGUCAGGAUUCUGUCUGUCUUCAUUUUUUUUUUUUUUUUUAGCCAUUCCAGUUUGAGAGGCUUGGUGGUAGUAGAGGUUGGUUGUAACCACAGAUACAAACAGAACAUCUGUUGAGGAUAUAUCACCCAAUAUAAGAUAGGAAUGCGAGACUUGUUUAUGUUUAGGAUCAUAUCCUUUUUAGAGGAUGAAUCAACAUCGGACCUCAUUCCAGUGGCAAGAACCAACCUCCAAUCUGUCCUGUAACACCAGAGGAGCCCAUUGUUUUAAGUCUUUCUGUCUUUCAGGUGUUGGUUUUGAUGGGCAGAGGACAGCGGGGACAUCACACACACACACACACAUUACACAUCACACAUCAGGCUGCCUUGCAGUGGACGCGAGGUCAGGGGUCAAAAGAUGAAGGAUUGGUCACACAUAUUUGUUGCAUUUGUUGUGCAGUUUGUGAUUAAGCUGAUUUACAAGGAAAAUGAGCGGGAGGGGGUUCGGUGUCUUGCUCACAAACACUUGGACAAGUUUCACGGCUGCUGACAGAUACAAACUGUUUGUUGUGGAGACUGAGUCUGCGGCCUUUUUGGUCACUGGGAGGGCUCUUUAAUCACUAGGUCAAAACACCACCCCUGCUAUCCCUGUCAUUUGGGAAUUAGGAGUUUUAGAGGUGGUGAGAGGUGAACAGUUGUUUGUGUCUAGAUUUGUCCUUGUGUGUGUGUAUGGGCACUAGCAGGCAUGCAUGUCAAGUGUGCACAAAUGUGUGUCAAAGACAGACAGUUUGCAAGGGAUAAGCUGCAAAACAAAUCCACCUUAACAAUAGCGUAUUUUGUUUUAAAAUUGUAUUUUUCUCAAAAUAAGUUUUAAAAAAUCUGCCCGUGUGGUGGGAUGAUGCCACCUUUUCUCGUGCAAUUUCACUUGCUUGCCGGAUUUUAUUAAAACAAGUGACAGUAUCUUGAAAGAAGGUACUCCAUUUGCAGAUUUGUUAACUUGCUAUGAGAAAAAUUCAGUUUUAAAACCCGGUGCAAGAUUGAAUCACGGUUUAACGUGAAUGCUUUUUUGCAGUGCAGGCCACGGCUUGCAACACAGAACCCUGCAUUCAUCGUGUAUUUGCCUUCGUUCCAUGCAGAUUCACUUACAGAGAUCAGGCCACUCCGAUAGUCCAGCCACAAAAGGGACCUGGAGCAAGGCCUGAGAGAAGGAUAAGUGUCUGUGUGCGUGUGUGUGUGUGUGUGUGUGUGCGUGUGUGUGUGUGUGUGUGUGUGUGUGUGUGUGUGUAUGCAUGCAGACAUGCGCAGGUACGUGCUUGUGCUGAGUGUUUGAUAGCUGAGCGAGACAAUUCUACAGAAGUAGUUGGAGAAGGGAAGACACGAGAUUCAUGCAUGUUUGUAUGCAUGUGCAUACAGGCUUAUUACUUGUAUGCACAUUGCUAUGUUCAUCUAUGUGUGUAUGUGUGUGUGUCUUUGUGUGUGUGUGUGUGUGUGUGUCUGUGUGAGCAAGAACACAGUGCCUCCAGUGCUGUGCAGAGUGUCAAGUAGUAGUAUUACAGUACUGCAGCCCUACAUUUUGAGGUCGGGGUGUUUCUGACUGGAGGAGAGGUCAUGUGAUGUCGUGUGAGUCAGAACAGCAGAUUUGGUUUCUACAGAGCUGUGCACAAUCUGCUAGACAGAGGCAUCAGACAAAAAAGGGGUACUCUUGCACCCUAAAUUGUUCAGCAAGGUGGAGGUGGGAGUGCUAUUUUUUGAAUUAUCAGCAAAAUGCACACAUCAAAAAGGAGCAAUUUCUCCCAAAGGAGCAGCGCGGCCUCCAACCACCUUGACCCCGUCUAUUUGUGUCUCAGCCACAGUUUUUUUAGCUGCAGUUACUGUUAUCAUUUAAGCUUUGAGACUGACAGGCUUUGUAUCACAUUGGUAGAGAUGAUUACAGUUAGUACAAGGCUGACUGUUGUUGCUCCACCAAGAUAGAAAGAAAAGGGGCCUGGCAGGGUGUCCAAUCAAAUUGGAGAGGUAGACACUUCAGUUGCCUAACAGCCUGACAACGUCUUUCACAGAUGUGGGUUUUCUGAGUAAAAACUGCAGUGACACUUGAAGUAGGAAGUUACCCCGAAUUUCUAAUGUGGGAUAAGUUAACCCGAGCAGCUAGUGUUUCAGGCAAGGUCCUAGAAAAGCACUGUAGUGUGGGGUAUGAACACAAGCAUGCACACACACAUACACACACACACAUACACACACAUACACACACACAUACUCUCUCUCCCUCCUGCUGUUGUCCUGAUGAAGUCUGAACAAUGUUAUUUUUAUUUUAUUUUAUUUUUUUUUUUUCAAUCAUUCCAUAGCUGGUUGGGCUUACAAUCAGAGACAGCCAAUCUUAAGUUAUUGGUUGGUUGACAGUUUGUCUGAUUGGUUGGUUGUUAGUUUGCCUUAUAGUGGCGUAUAUUGUGUUAAUGCUGGUCCUGGGGCAUCAGAUUGACAGAGUGAACAGUCUUAAGUAGAACACAUGGCUCAAGAUGGAAAUCCACUGGUGUUGUGACAUUGUUCUGUGGAACAAAGCGAGCCCUGUAAAAUUAAUUUCUGGUCAAGUGGGGAGAGUUGAGGCUCCUCACUGGCGGACCUCAUAUCAAACAUCACUUAAUCGGCUCUGAGCCCUCCCCGAGACUCAUCUUUUGUGUUCUGAUCUCCUGUGUAUGCAUACAGUAUAUGUAUCUUUUUGCCUUGAUUGAUUAUGAAGAAAAUAUAUCUAUUUUUUGUAACUGUUCUUCUCUGAUGUGCCAUAACUCAUGUUUUCUUGCACACUGUUAAUAUUUUGUGGAUAUUGCUGUUAAAAAAUGAUAUUGAGAAGUAGAUAACAUUAA